AUGCUCUUUACGCACCGGAGAGAUCCCGUCUUGGGUCAGACGCGGGCUCGUUCGCCAGAAUCCCGACCAUACUUCCGGAAGGAUCCUUCCCUUCGUACCCCAGCCAAGCGCAAGUCCGCCGGCACUCCUUUCUCGGAGGCUUCGGAGGGUGCUUCCGUCGUCGACUUGACGAGCGAGGGAACACCUUCCCACAAGAAACGAAAGGCCCGCGAGGAGCUACCCUCUUAA